GUCAUUCAAUAUUUGCAUAGACGCCCUUUCACCUGGUUACCUUCCGAGUUCCGACCUCGCGUUUCUUCACUCACUUGCACAUGGCGACCGCAGUAGAAGAGCAACCGAAACCAAUCGCAGACAACCCAAUCAACGAAGACGACGAAGAAGCCCCAAAUAGCGAAGACGACGAAGAUGAAGAGUUUGAAGAAGAAGAAGAAGAAGCGGAAGAGGAGGUGGUGGAAGAUCGAGUAAGCGAUGAAUCAAGGUUACUUUCGGAGAGAAACAAAUUGAACAAUCUGCUCCAUCGCUUAUCAAGGGAACGAGUAACCCUUCGAGUUCAUGACGUCUUGAUCAAGGGCAACGCCAAGACCAAGGACUCUCUUAUCGAAGCUGAAGUUGAAGUCCUCAAGAACGCAACCUCUAUGCAAGAGCUCCUGCAAGCCGCUACCAUCGCCAAUGCACGCCUUCAGAGGCUCGAAAUAUUCGAUUCCGUUAACAUUACGCUUGACUCCGGGCCACCUGAGCUACCCGGAACUGCCAAUAUCAUCGUCGAGGUCGUGGAGGCCGAGAAUCCCCUCACUGGAAGCAUCGGAAUGUUCUCCAAGCCAGAGGCUAGGUCUUGGUCACUUGAAGGAUCACUCAAAUUGAAAAACUUGUUUGGGUAUGGUGAUAUUUGGGAUGGUUCCUGGGCAUAUGGCUGGGACCAAACAUCAGAAGUAAGUGCUGGUUUGUCCUUGCCCAGAUUCAAAGGAUUAAUAACUCCUGUAGUAGCUCGCAUUUCACUACUCUCCCAGGAUUGGUUGAAGGUCUCUUCCUACAAAGAACGCUUAUUGGGCCUAUCUGUUGGCUUGCUUUCUACCAGGCAUCAUGAUCUGGCUUACAAUCUUACAUGGCGUACUUUAACAGAUCCAUCGCAAAUGUCCUCUAAAUCAAUAAGGAAGCUGCUUGGACAUAGUUUGAUCUCAUCUCUAAAGUACACAUUUAAACUUGAUAGGAGAGACUCGCCUUUGAGGCCAACUCAGGGAUAUGCUUUGGUUUCCACGUCUCAGAUUGGUGGCCUUUCACCUGAUAGUCGGAGCUUACGAUUUUUACGCCAGGAGGUUGACCUUCGUUAUGCUUUCCCAUUGGGCUUUUACAAUGCAGCACUUAACUUUGGAAUCUCUGCGGGUGUUAUUUUUCCAUGGGGAAGUGGAUUCCUUGACAUGCCUUCUCCUCUACCUGAGAGAUUUUUCUUAGGUGGUCAUUCUUCUCCAAUAUGCACCUUGGGAGGGCCAACAACAUUGUUGGGAUUCAAGUGUAGGGGACUUGGUCCAACUGAACCAAGAAGGUCAGUUGUUGACAAGUCUGACAGUGAGAGUUCGGCUACCUCCCCUAGAAGGGACGCCCUAGGAGGUGACCUUGCCAUUACGGCCUUUGCAGACCUUUCUUUCAAUCUUCCAUUGAGGGUGUUCAGAGAAGCUGGCAUCCAUGGACACCUAUUUGCAUGUGCCGGAAAUCUCACUAAAUUAACAGAGAAUGAGUUCCGAACUUUUUCAUUUCGUAAGUUUGGAGAGUCUUUCCGAAGCUCUGCAGGAGUUGGCAUUAUUGUCCCCACCAAGUUGUUCCGCAUGGAGAUAAACUACUGCUACAUACUGAGACAACUAGAGCAUGACCAUGGGAAGACAGGAGUGCAGUUUAGCUUUUCCUCUCCAUUGUAGAAGCUGUACUUCUAAAGUUUCAUGUUUGCAGAGCAGCCUUUCUUAUGUUUGCUAUACAGAUUCUUAUUCUAGGCAAACAGAUCUUUUUCUCAAUUUGGUGACUGCUGUCUAAUUGCCGAUUGCCCUACUUUUAGACCAUCUAGCAUUUUGCUCUAUCAUCACUGGGGCUUUCAAUACCCUGAUGGCAAUUCUACUUGAGACAAAGUUUGAAGUUCUUCAGAUGUUUUUUUAGGAGGCGAACACAAAGAUGCAAUAAUACAAAAUACAUAAGAUACAGGGCAUGUAUCCUGUUUGAAAAGUGGAUGGAUGGAGGAGUCACGGGUCUAAUGUCCACAAUCGUUGCUAGUUUUGAAUGGAAAUAGUUUUUGCUAGCCUGUAUGGCUGCAUCUUUUAUA